UCAAAAGAUGGACCUCACAACAUCUGAGGAUGCUUGCCACAGAUGCAGGCGAAACUUCAGGAGGGAAUGCUUCUAGAACAUGGCCAUAUUAGCCCAAAAAACCUACAACAACCCAGUGAUUCCAGCCACAAAAGCCUUUGACAAUACAAAAGAUGUAGUGUUGGUCACUAAUCUGGUUGGGUUUGAUAAGAAAUUAGAUAAUCUAAUGAAAUGUAAGUCAUUAUAGUUCCUCUAGCACCAAUGUUCUCAGACCUAACUGAUGGGACACGUGAGCAAGAGGGAGCUGCUGCACACCUGAGUUCCUAAAGCCAUCUAAUUUGCCAAUGAGAAAAAGUAAUACUGGAACAGAGAGGACUUUGCUCUGACCCAUUCCGGCUCUUAUGUUCUUUUGAAAAGUAGCACCAAGUUUAUGUCCAUGUUUAAUCAGCUGGAUUCCACACAUGCAUUUUUUAUUAAUGUAAAGCCCUUUGGCUUGGACUGUAUUUGAAUCUAGCCGGGUGAAAUAAAACCAACAAGCAAUAGCAACUUGAGCUGUAAGGGUUUAAUUUCCUGAGAAAGGAAUUGAUAUGCUUGUCUUGUAGAGGCAGGAAAUUGCUCUGUGUAUCACUGGCUUGGGGAAAUAGGACAGAAGUCGGCGAAGCAUCUCAGUACAAGCUGCUGCCCUGCCUUCUUGAAAGCUGGUGCCAUGACCCUGACCAAGGGCUCCUUCACCUACUCCAGUGGGGAGGAAUAUUGUGGGGAGUGGAAGGAAGGGCGCCGGCAUGGUGUUGGGCAGUUGACAUUUGCUGACGGCAGCAUUUACCUGGGACACUUUGAGAAUGGUCUCUUCAAUGGCUGUGGGGUGCUCACAUUUGCAGAUGGCUCCAGGUAUGAAGGUGAAUUUGUGCAGGGAAAAUUUAAUGGUGUUGGAGUCUUCACACGAUAUGACAACAUGAUCUUCGAGGGAGAAUUCAAGGGUGGACGUGUUGAUGGCUUUGGUCUUCUUACUUUUCCUGAUGGCUCCCAUGGGAUCCCUCGAAAUGAAGGUUUCUUUGAGAACAAUAAACUCUUGCGACGGGAGAAGUGCCAGGCAGUGGUCCAGCGUGCACAAAGUGCCUCCAAGUUGGCACAUGUUCUCACAGCAUGAUGGGUGCAAGCUCUAAGGCACCCUGCCUCAAGACUCUCCCAUGUACUGCAGCCUAACCUUUAGGCUGACAGGAAUGUGAAAUGCAGGUGUCACAGAGACCAGUACCAUCUCUGGGAGGCAGAUGAUCCCAACUCAACCCUGCUCAGUUGGAUAGCCUAUCUGGGCCACUUCCUUCAACAGCUUGAUCCCAUUCUGUGAACUGGUGCCAAACUUCAACUUACCAAGCCAUUGUCGGCUGCCAGACGGGUUCUGUCACUCCUGAGGCAUUGGCAGUUGGCUAAUGUUUUAGCCUCAUAGGUAUACAGGCAAAAUGGAAAGCACUAUGUCCUGUCUUCUCCAUCUUUACAGUGGACACAAGGGGUUAUUUAUUUGUAUACACUGUGAGAAUUCACAAAGAUACACUUUUCCAUCCUUAGGAUGAAUGCAGCUGGAAGGUUGUUUUCAGUGGUCAAAAAGAGGAGCUGCAACUUGCAUUUAGCAAAGGUGUUUAUCCCUUACCAUGAGCAGAAGUCUCUUGUUCUUCUCCUGGCUGCAUGAGGUUCAGCUUUCCUUUCUCUGUCCAAAUAAUAGAAAUUGAUUAUGAUGGUAGUGGAGAAUUGGGAUAGAGAUCUGAAUUCUGCAUCUUUUGAAUGUGCCUUUCCCCAGGUUUGUGAAUCAGCAUCAGACAGGAGGCCUGAACUAAAGAGUCUAAUGUCCUUUAAGCUCCAGAGUGUACCUGGAUUCUCUUUCCACUCUUCUUUAUAGCUGUGUUGUGCUUUCUCCCAUUUAUUUGGGCCACUUUCACUGUGAAUUUUUGGGCUGUUUCUUGGAUGAAAGUCAACGUUUCCCAGCCUUGACACCUUCUGAAGGGUCUAUACUACUUGACUUUGUCUCCAGAGCUAUUGCAUGGCAUCCAUGCACCACACUGUCACAUAGACAGGGCUGUGCAUAUCUUGAAUUUCAGAAACCAAAAUUCUACACCAAGUACAGUCCAACAUACUGUAUCAGCUAUAUAAACAAGCAAAAAAAGGAAAAAAAGGAAGGCAUAUACUUAUGGUUUCUCUGGUUGCUGGUCAUGGGGGAAAAGCAAGGGUUUUGCAUUCACGAAAGUGCUAUUCUUUAUUGCUAGUGCCAUAAAUCCUAUACAUUUCCCAAAUCCUUCCUUUGGUUUCUGAGAUUUUUAACACAUAUAUUAUUAAUAUUUCUUAUCUUUUCCAUGUUAUCUUAAUGACUAAAAAAUUCCAUUAAAAUAGAAUGAUUAUUUUUCAAGAAGUCUCAGGAUGCUGAUCCCUGUGUUCAAUACUGCAUAAUGCUAUCACAGAACAAUGUCAUAUGCACAGCCCUAUAUGUACAUAAAACAAGUGGUGACCUUCCCUAUUUAACUCCCAAGGUUCAAAGAGGUUGCUCGCUCACAGAUAUAAUAAUGCUGUUUAAUUCCUUUAGAAGCAUUUUGAUGUACCGUAAGUGAACUGUGGAACCUAGCACAACAGCUUACAGUAUGGAGAUUGUGUGGCAUCCUUAAUACCAGAGCUUCAAAAAGUUCCUUUUUGGAAGCUAACUCUAAGAAUCCUCAGCUGCCAAGGGCAAUAACCAUGUUGGCUGCAGGAUUCUGGGAGUUCUUCAAGAAAGUAACUCUUCUAAGCUUUGAGUAGUGUAUUGGUAUACUAAAAUGGAGCAAUGAUGUCAAUGCAAAGUGUAGCCCCGGCUAGAACUAUGGGCUUUUUGGAAAUGGCAGACUGGAAUAGUAGGAGGGCAGCUCAUUGUCACAUAGCAAGACUGACAGUACGAAAUCAUAUGAUAGGGAUUGAGUUGGGAGUGAGUGGUCACUGAAGAGCUGCUCUGUUUCUGCCUAACCACUUUGUGUUCCUGUGCAUUAAAAUUAAACGUGGGAUUGUUGUGAGACUGGGGGGUGUUCUUAGCCAAGCAUUGACCUGCAUAGUGUGUGUCCCCAAGUGCCAUGCUGGAGCCUUUGUGUGACCAGCCCACUUCCACAUUGAAUGUUUGCAUGUCAAUGCCACCCUCGUGCCUUUGUGUCUCUGCCCAUGUAAGGGCCUUGGCCAAAUAAAGAGUUGCUGAACAUCU